AUGGCGGCGGCCGAGCGGUCGGCGUGUCCCGGCGGCCCGGCUACGGUGCGGCUGCCGUCGUCGCCGCCGUUCAAAGUGCUGGCGGAGCAGCUGCGGCGCGACGCGGAGGGCGGCCCGGGCGCGUGGCGGCUGUCGCGGGCGGCGGCGGGGCGCGGGCCGCUGGAGCUGGCGGCCGUGUGGAUGCAGGGCACCGUGCUGGCGGCGGGCGGCGGCGAGGCGCGGCUGCGCGACCCGAGCGGGGUCUUCUCGGUGCGCGGCCUGGAGCGGGUGCCGCGCGGCCGGCCCUGCCUCCUCCCAGGAAAGUAUGUGAUGGUCAUGGGAGUGGUUCAGGAGUGCAGCCCCGAGCCGUGCCUUCAGGCUGUGAAGAUGACCGAUCUCUCUGAGAAUCCUGUCCAUGAAAUCAUGUGGGAACUAGAAGUGGAAGAUUUGCACCGGAAUCUUCCCUAGACAUGCUGGAACCGUCGCUCAGUAGCCCUCCCCCUGAGAGGAUUCCCGGCAUCCUGUGAUGUACAGUUCUCACACUUUCUCAUAAUUGCUUUGGUUGAGCUAAGCUGCUGGAUGCAGGUGGAUUGUUUGUUUACUUAUUUAUUUUUGAGGCAGAGUCUCACUCUAGCCCAGGCUCACUUGGAACUCACUUUGUAGCCCAGGCUGGCUUCAAAUUCAGAGAUCCUCUUACCUCUGCCUACCCCCGCCCCCCAGUGCUGGGAUUAAAGGCAUGCGCCACUACCCCCAGCUCGAGAUGCAGAAGUUUGUAAAUGCUAAGACACUUCCGUUAACUCAUCCCCCCCAAUGCCUCUUGCUCUCUUUGCUGAUGAAAAGCAGAUGCUGUGAGCUUUUUCCUUUUUUUUCUUCUUAAUUUAUGUGUGUUCAUUUCUCUCUCGAAAGCACAAUCUCAUGUUACAGUGUGUGGCGAUAUUUUCCUCCGUUACUGCUGCACCCCUGUUGUGUGAGGCAAAACCUGAAUCUCAGUCAAGGCCAGCGGGAUUACAGUGUGGCUGUGGGCAUGAGGUUGGCCCGCAGGCCAUCAAGGCUCCUGGCUCCCCAUCCUCCACACAGCGGAGUCUAAGAGGGCGAUCCUGGCAGCCCUCUGUUCCUGGGGUGCUAGCCUCCAGGUCCGGUUCCCCUGGGUGUGUGCAGGAGGUGAGGACAGCUUCCUUCCUUCACGUGGGGUUAAGACAUUUUCAGCACUUCUUGUUGAAAUAAAAGUCAAAGAUGGAGUCUGACUUUCAGGCAUUAACAAAACUUUUGGUGAGCCACAGCAAGGGAGCAGCCUACUGGCUUAGAGUCCUGGCCUCCAUUUGCAUGAAAUGACUUUUUGUUGGGAUUAUUGGUUUUCUGUUCUCUGCUAUUUACCCAUGCUGGAUGUGUCUUUUGAUUUUAAAUAUGGGUGGAGUCAAGGGGCUUACAUUAUGUCCAAGCAUUGCUUAGGGGUUUUCUUGGAUUGCUGAUAUUCUACCAUUAAGAUUUUUUUUACAUGUUGUAGUUGGUUUUUCUUUGUUUUAAAUAAACUUGAUUUUAAAAAAUCA